AUGACAACUCUAAUGACCAACCUUCCUGUUGAUUCUAGGGCCCCUUUAAAACAAGAACAUAACACUUUAAUAAUGUCUAAUAAUAAUAACAAUAACUUGCUACAAAGUGAAAAUGAGGAUGAAGAACACGAAAAUAAUAUAAAUCAUCAUAAUAAAAAUAUCUUAACUGAAGAAGAGGAAAAAGAAGAAGUUAGUAUAGAUAGCCAAGAAAAUAUUAUUACUCAUACCUAUACUCCUACUAGUGUUAGUAGUACAAGUAGUACAAGUACUAAUAAUAGUAAUAUUAUCAAUAAUGAUAAAAAUAACAGCGAUAAUAAUGCCAGUAUUAAUAGCAAUAUAGGUAGCAUAGUCAGUGCUACUGCUAGUCCUAUUAAUAAUCAAGAGAGCCAAGAUAGUAAUGUUGGUACUGAUAUUGAAACUUGCAGUACUGCUAUAAGUACGAAUAACUUAAAUGUUAUGACAACUCAUAAUAGUAAUAAUAAUAAUAAUAAUAACACUGCCGCUGAAACCAAUGCUAUUAAUGACACCACAGUGGAGGAAAUGUUGAAUGAAGGCGGUAAAACUUUAUCUAAUGAGGAUGAUACUCAUAUACAGAUUAAUACUUAUACUAAUUCUAGUAAUGCUAUUACCAAUGCUAAUAAUGACAAUAUUAAUGCUGAUGUUAAUGCUAAUACCAAUCCUGUUAGUGUUAGUACCAACACCAACAAUAAUCCUGGUACUAUUAGUACGUCCACUAAUGCCAACAUCAAAAACAUAAAAACCAACAAUAACAAUCAAGGAAAAUCCAUUGUUAAAUUCAAAAAUAACACCGCUAACAAUAAUACCAAAAAUAACGCCACUUCGGUAAAUACGAGAACUAAAUCAAAUUCUUCUGCUAGUUCAAACGAAAGUGCUGCCUCUAGUACAUGUUCUUUAACUUUUAAAAAGGAAAAAGUUGUAUCAAAACAAAGAACCCAGUCUAUACAGAGUGUGCUAAGCAAUAUUUCAUUAAGAAGUGCAUUAUUAAAUCACAUAAACAACAACAACAACAACAACAACAACAACAACCAGGAUGAUGCAAAUGAUAAUAAUAUUAGAAAGGUCAAUAGUUGCGCCGAUGUUUCACAGCAAAUCCAAUCGCCUGCAAUGGCCAGCACUUAUAGGAAGAGAAUCAUAUCUUCCAAUGUUGCUAAUGCCACUACUAAUAAUAAUGCUUUAGUUAGAACAUCUUCCAUUGUUAAUGCUCAAGAUAAAGGUAACAACAACCAGAAUUUGUAUUAUUAUGAUGGACUAGCAGUCGAUGAAGAUAAUAUAGGAAAAAAGUUACCUUUUACCAAUAAUAAGAAUCAUAAUAUUUAUAAAGAUGGCGUAAAAAGCAAUUCCGCUACUCUUAGCGCUAUUAGAACCACCAAUAAUGAUAAAAAUAUUAACUACAAAAAUCCAAGUUUAAGUAGAUUAAGCGAUACUGCAAUUAAUUUUUAUAACACCAACAUUAAUAAUAACAAUAAUAGUGACAAUAAUAGUGUUAAUACAUCUGUGGAUACAUCUUUGCUAUUACAACAACCUAUUAUAGAUAUGGAUGCUGAGUAUGAAGAGGACCCAGUCUCUCAAAAAAGACUAACGACCGAUGCCUUGCGUAGAUUAUCCAGCUUAAAACAAAAACAACAACAACAACAGCAGCAGCAGCAGCAGCAGCAAAAUGCCACAAAUAAUAUGAAAAACAAGUGUAGUAACACAAAGGAAUUGAAGUUUGGCGGGAAGAACAUCAUUAUGGAUUCAUCUAUAGUUCACAGGAAACAUUCUAUAAUACCGGGUGCUGCUACCAACACCAUAAUUGAUAAUAUCAAUGCUCAUAAUAGUUCCAACACUGCAUUUACUCCCAGUUCUAGGGCUACUAGCAACAAUGGUAAUAGCAGCAACAACAACAAUAAUACUGAAAAUCACAAUGAAAAAAAAAUGAAUAAGCAUGAUAGAUCUCAUGAGCGAAUAGAUUCACCCAAAAAACCCUUAUAUACACCGGCUGUAUUGAGAGAUAUCGGAGAGACUAAUUUAAAGAAUGACACUCUAUUGAAAAGGGCUGUUUCCCCAAUGUCAAUGAGGAAUAAUACUACUGUUGAUUCUAUUACCAAUCAUGAGACUAAUUCUAUUUCUUCUGCACAGCUCAGUGUUCCUGCUUCUAUUGGCUCAACAUCAUCUAAACUUACCUUUUUGUCGAAGCUAGAAAAUUGGAUAAUUGGAGGCAUCAGUAAUGCUAAUAAUCACGAAAAUUCGUCGGUUUACAGUAACAAUACACAUACUACUAACAGCAUUAUUGCUAAAAAACCCACUCCAUUCCCACAACCAUUGGUAUUGCCACGGCCUACAAGAAAACAUUGGGUUCAAGAUAGCCAAAGGUCGUCUUGCCAAGAAUGUCAUAAAACUUUUACAUUUUGGGAUAGAAGACAUCAUUGUAGACAUUGUGGGGAUAUUUAUUGUGGACUGCAUUUAAGACACUGGUUAUAUUUGAACAGAAAUGCCAAAUUUAUUAUUGGUGGGGGUGGUUGUGACAGGGAUGGCGUUUUGUCUAAAGUUUGUGAUUUCUGUAGUAAAGAGUAUGAAAACAAGUUGAUGAAUAAGGAUUAUUUACUGAAAGACAAUGAGGAUGAUAGUAAUACUAGGAAUCCUGUGGAUGAUAAUGUAUUUGAUGAUGAAGAUGAGAAUGAGGAAGGGGAGCAUCAUCUCAUUGCGUCAACAACCAGAUCCGAUCAUGGUUCCAAUAAAACAACUGUAGGAAAUUUAUCUUUUACCAAUAGUCACAACGCUGGCACAGAAAAUGGAGCCGUUGCUGCUACCGGUGCGGAUGCUGAAAACCUGGGUAAUGCCGAGCUGGGACGAGUUGGAAAUAACAAUGAUAACGGAGGCAAUAAAUCUAAACAACAAAAGAGAUUUGAUAGUAUUAUAGGUAGUAUUCCUAUUGAUUGGAAUUGGAGUAGUUUCUAG